UUUCCUUGAGGGGAGCCGAGAUUCAAAAUAUGUGGGCCUUCAUCGCCUUAAGGCAAUCUAUCCAAAGAGCCUACCCUAUAAUAGAUUCAGCUAAAGCCGCGCUUGGAAGAUUUCUUUCUCAAUCAUGAAUCCGAGCUUACUACUUGAAUCACGAAAGGCGCUUUUCUCACUAUCUAUUCAAUUUAAAAUGCUCACUUAUGAAAUCAAGCUAAUAAGGCCAAAAACAGAGCAUGGAGUCCACUGGCAUGAGAAUCAAGCGAAGUAGAGACAUAAGCGGAUCCAAAGAAAAGAAGCAAGACGACUACUUCCAUUCCUCUCCUUAGACCGACAGUACUACAAGAAAGAAAUAAGACAGAAAUAAGGCGAUUAUUACCUAAAAGAAUAAUGUGAAUUAGAAUAAUAAUACCUCACAAAGAAGGUAGAUGAAUUGCUUAGCCAAGACUAUCUCGACCUUAGCCUUCUUUUCUAUUUAGAUUCCCGUUCGUGAUCCCAGCCCCGGAAUCACUUCACUCCAGCGCCUCCUCAGUCUUCUUGCAUCUUUCCAGCCUUUCAAAUCGACUAAGCGCCAAGCCUACUUGUGAAGAGAGGGGUCGUCGGGCUAUUGCAGAGUGAAGGAAGGUGUCUUGUCUUGGCCUAGGCCUACUUGGGUCAACACCCAUAAAGUGUUGAAUAUCAUUAUAGUUUGUUUUUAGUAUAUAUCUUUCUUUUAUUUAAUCCUGAGGUUUUUUCUAAGAAUAUCGUAUAUAGUGUAUAUAGUAUAUGUACUUUAUUGUCUAAUAGACUUCUCUCUUUAGUAAGAUUUUUCUUUUCAUAAUCAUAAUGUUUCCUUAUGAUUUUCUUUUUCUAAAAACACAAGUACGAUUUUGAAUCAAAAUCCUUUCUGGUUUGCUUUAGCUUUUCCAGCAUUCGCCGCCCCUUCAAUAGCCUUUUGCGCGGAUCCUGCACCUGCGCUUCCAGACCUCAACGAGAUUCCAGUAGGCCUUUCUCCUGCGGAAAUAGCCCAAUUGCAUCGGGAGACUGAAGAGAAGGCCGCCCAGUGUGGCAGGCUCUUGCAAGAAAUCUGUGGGCAGGCAAAAGAACUUGUUGUCCGUCAGGCAGGAGCGCAGGGCGAGCUCACGCUCGAGAAAUUCGUAGACGCCGUCAGGUAUCUUGCAGACGUGGACGAGUUGCCCGAAGAGGAGCGAAUCCCCACUCUCAUUGAGUUCAGGGCCCCAAUCAAUAAUAAAGACUCGCCCAUUUGGUUUCAUAUAGAUAAAGAAAUGAAAAGAUGGGGGGGUCGUGGUCUAUGCUAAAUUCUUUUUCUUAGAUAGAAUGAAUGGAAAAGGAGUGCUUGUGUUGUGGUUUUCGUAGUUGCAAGAAUUUUUUUUUUCGAGAAAAGGUCCCCUCCUUCAAUAUCAUGAUUGGGUCGACCAGGCCAGAUCAUGAGUGAAUAGAAAAAAAAAUGUACAUAGCUGUUCCAGCUGAAAUACUUGGAAUAAUUCUACCACUUCUACUAGGAGUAGCCUUUUUAGUGCUAGCUGAACGUAAAGUAAUGGCUUUUGUGCAACGUCGAAAGGGUCCUGAUGUAGUGGGAUCGUUUGGAUUGUUACAACCUCUAGCAGAUGGUUUGAAAUUGAUUCUAAAAGAACCUAUUUCACCAAGUAGUGCUAAUUUCUCCCUUUUUAGAAUGGCUCCAGUGGCUACAUUUAUGUUAAGUCUGGUCGCUCGGGCCGUUGUACCUUUUGAUUAUGGUAUGGUAUUGUCAGAUCCGAACAUAGGACUACUUUAUUUGUUUGCCAUAUCUUCGCUAGGUGUUUAUGGAAUUAUUAUAGCAGGUUGGUCUAGUAAUUAGGGGGCGGCCGUUCGGUCGCCUAUGAUACUAGGACCAAUAGGUUCAAAAUGGGUUUGUGCCGCAGGUGUUGAACGAUCUACUCUACACAGGUGUGGGCUUACAGGGCUAGGGCUCAUAAACCCUUUCUUUCAUUUAUCAAUAGGGCCCUGCCCUGGUCGGUCACUUUUCUGGGCCGGGAUCGAUAAGUGGAAGUCAUAAAAAAGAAAUCUUUCUCUUCGCACCUCAGAUCAAGAGGAAGGGUUGCUUGUCAAGCUGGCCUAUAUAUAAGAAUAAGAAAUUUCUUUCUAUUUUCUAUUAUUAUAUAAUAGAAACUAUAAGAAAAAUGGAAAGAUUCGCUUUCUUUUAACCGGCUCCUUCUUCUUUGUCAACGCUACUAAGGACCUAUAGGUUUGCCUACUUUACUUAUUAAAGAUAAUGAGAAUGGGUUAUUCAAACAAAAAGGAAAAGGCCCUACUUAGUUUCGCAAGCCUUUGUCAUUAUCAGUCAACUAAGUAGGGCCUGAGGCCCCCUGCGAAUCCGUAAAUCUGAGGAGCAUGCCGCAACAAAAGGAUGGUCCCCUAUGCAUUUCAUUUUUUCCUUAAGGGAAAAAAAAGUACCCCCCAUCAUAGUGAACCUCUCCUUGUGAUCGGGAUGAGGUAGAUGCCUCCCAGCCGGGGGGCGGAUCGAAUCGGAGUUUCCUUAGGUAGCCACCGACCUACAGUUAUCCUUAAACUUCCGUGCUUGGUGGAGAAGAAGCGAACAAAAGUACGCUCGCUUGCUGUCUUGUUCUCUGUCGCGAACUGGGAUCGCUCGCCAGCUAGGUCAGAUUGGAGCAAGAUUUUAUGAGAACAUAUUCCCCAUAUUCGGGGACAAGGGGCGGAACGACCUCUCGAUCUACUUACUGCAGCCCAGGAAGAAAAACGUCGUCUAGGCGUUCCCUGUUGCUCCGAUCUCCCCUACGCCUAGGACGUUGUCUGGGCCAAGAGCCAUAGUUAGUUGCUGUUUCUGGUUGUUUCUUCCUCGUUGUUGAUACCGGCAAGACCCAGCCAGAUGAUGUCCGCUGGUUGGUAGUGAGAGGGCUCUUAGUACCUGCAUACCCAAAAGAGGGCGCUGGUUAAAAAACAAUCAUUUGAUUUUCUUUCUUGCUCUCCCU